GGCUGCGGUGUGCGCCAGUCGGCCCCAAGAUGCCCCUCCGGAACCAGCCUCCCGCGCUCCGCCGCGCCGCUAUGUCCACCAUCGCCAGUCACUUCGAGCUGCUGUGCUACGGUGUGCGCAACAGCAAGGAAAUGUCCGAGCUCAUCCAGUCUGACGCCUACCUCGACAUCGACGGACCCUUCCAGCACUUCCCGCCGGAGCUGCUGGAGGACCUGUUGGCCGCCAUAGCGGAGGAGCACGUGCUGCACCGCAAGCACCUGCACAUGCUCGUCACGCCGGCCAUCACCAGCCUCGACCUGUCGCUCGGCACCGGCGACACACUCUCCGGCUUCCGCUUCAUGCUCCAGCGCUGCAAGAACCUGAAGAAGUUGAACAUCUCCUACCUGCGGCACAUGACGCCGAACAUCCUGCUGGGACUCAUGCCCUGCUUCAACUCUCUGGUUAGCCUCAAUCUCAGCAUGACCAUGGCCACCGACCAGAUGCUGGAGCAGAUCGGGCUGCAGUGCCCGCUGCUGGUGGAGCUGCAGCUGGUGUCGACGCCGAUGACGGACCGCGGGCUGGUGCGGCUGUGCGUGGGGUCGGACGGCACGCGCCUCUGCCAGCGUCUGGCGCGGCUCGCCGUCGCUGACACCAGCGUCACGGUCUGCGGCGCCGCAGUUGCCCUGCAGUCGCUGCCCUGCCUCUCAGAGUUCGACUUCGACAACAUCUUCGAAGCGCUGGAGCUGCUGGAGACGUGGGACCACGAGCUGGAGCACCGCCUGCUGUCGGGGUUGGGCAUCCGCCUGUCGGAGGAGGGCAGCCCGCGGCCGGAGCGGCUUCGCCUCAGCACGCUGCUGUCGGCAACGGAGCGCGCGCAGGAGCACCAGCUGGACUCUGCGACGCGCCUCUGCCCCGACACCAAGACCGUCGCGCUCUCCAACGCCUGGCUGCCCUCCGAGGCCCUCUACAAGUUCAUGCUCUUCGAGAACCUGUGCGCCCUCUCACUCACCAACUGUGAUGGACUCACGCUCGACUUUGAAGCAGGCGUCCUACCACUGCUGUGUGUCAUAGGCGGAAACCUGCAGAACCUUAUUCUCUCCAAUUUCACCUUCAUUGAUAUCCUGGCAAUUGGACGAGCAUGCCCACAACUCUUAAAUCUGGCUCUCUCAAAUGUCGCAGAAUAUGAGGACAUUGGAACUCCCAGUCCUGAAUGUUUCAAUCAGCUGCAGGCUCUUGAGCUCUGGUCAGACCCACAGGCUGACUUGGGACCCAACCUGUUUAGGCAACUCUUGCUCUUCAGCCCUUCAUUACGUAACAUACUGUUCAAAGGAUGUGAGAACCUUACGGACAAAUUGCUGAAUGAGAUUUUACAGAUCAAUCCAAUGAAGAAUAUUUCACAUGUAACUCUGGACCACUGUCAUGGGCUUACAAACCAAAGUCUCCAUUAUCUUCUUGACUUGGACAAUGAACUAGCUGUUAUCAGGAUAUGGUGCUGCCAGGGGAUCAACAAGCAUCAUAAUAAUGAACUCAUGCGCAGAAUCUGUGAUGAAAAUAUGGAUGUGUAUCUUGAAUGGUUCCAAUAUGAUGAAUAAAUAGUUCCUAUUUUAA